AUGCCGAGUAAUGUCGAGGCUUGGGUCUUGCUAUCUUUAGCGCUAUUCACAAUCAUCGUUCGUAUCUUUGUACGAUGGAAGCUUGUCGGACCUGCCAACUUUCAGCUUGAUGAUUAUCUCAUGCCCUUGGCGGGGAUUGUGUUUGUAUUGGAAACAGUAGCAGCGUAUCUCGUUGUCGCCGAUUACCAGGGCUUGACAAACAGUUAUAUGACAGACGAAGAACGGAAAGCUGUCGAUCUAAGCUCUACUGAGGCACAUAAUCGCGUUGCUGGAUCAAAGAUUCAAAUUAUUGGAUGGUCACUAUACGUCGCGAUUCUUUGGCUGGUCAAGCUCAGCUUAUCUGUUUUCUAUUCUCGAUUAACAACCGGUCUUCAAAGCCUCCCAACCCGUGUUCGACUUGGGUAUGUCAUUCUAGCUGUGACGUGGACUGCAACACAGUUGUCUCUUCUGCUUUCAUGCCAGCCUUUCCAUGCCUUCUGGCAAAUCAACCCUAAUCCCGGCCAAUUAUGUCAGCCAACAAACUCCCCGGUCUACGUUUUGGUCGUAGUGAUACUCAACAUUGUCACUGAUCUGUACCUGCUUUCAAUCCCACUACCUUUGCUAUGGACAGUCAACAUCAGUUUGAAACGAAAAGUUCCUUUGAUGGCCCUCUUUUCGGGGGCUGCAUUCGUCAUCACAGCGUCAAUUAUCCGAGCUGUGACUAUUAUCAGCUCGGGCCCAGAUGGCGCCUCUGCGGGCUCUAAAUGGGCUUGUCGCGAGACGUUUGUAUCAAUCGUGGUUUCUAAUCUGCCCAUCAUCCAGCCUCUUCUUCGCAAGGGGUUCAAGAAGAUUGGACUCUCCCAACUCUUCAGUUCCUCAGGCAAACAAUCGGGACAGACUUACCCGCUCUCGGGGUUGAAGAGUUUGACAAAUCGAGGUGACCGAGACACCAAGAAGAGCAAAGUAAAUAAUGCCGGACCGACGCAGACGCAGAUCUCCGCGUGGGGAAGUGAUGAGCAUAUUCUCACUGAACCAGAGCCUACUUCAAAGGAUAUCACGGUUGUUUCAGAGACUGUUGUGCAAAGUGAACCAUGGAGCUGGGAAGAAGCCAGUGGGAGCCAUUCGACAACUCCACCGAAAGAAUGGGGGGAUAAAUUGAGGGACCGUCAAAGUCAAAUACAUUGA